GAGGAAAUAUGUUUCCGCCGAGAGAUUCCCCGAAGUCGGAUUAUAUCAGUUUGAAUAUCCAGGAAAGCGCGACAUUCGCGCGAGGAACAUCACGUAGCCUCUGGAGGCAAUGGAACCAAUUGUCGAGGUUUCAGAGAAAUAUCCUUUACUUUUUAGUCAUUACUAUUAUAUUAGUCAUAUUUUACUUGCUACCGGGUGAUAAUAAAAGCGGAGUUUUAGAUGAAAGCGAUUAUAAUAACAUAGAGGUAGUUCAAGAUACUCUUAAGUAUGAAAAGGCAGUUGAAGAUAUUGUAGUGGAUAAUGUAAAUCAGGAACAUAAAGGAGGCGGUGAAGUUAUAGAAGAGCCUGAAUUCCAACCAGAAAUAAACCAAGUGGAUGACGAUCAAAUCGGUGAACCACCUCAGCCUAAACCAAAUGCGCUUAAAUUCAAUGGGCCACAAAAUAAUAGGCAGAAAGCUGUCGUUGCAGCGUUUAAACAUUCGUGGAAUGGUUACAAAGAAUAUGCCUGGGGCUAUGAUAAUGUGAAACCAAUUUCAAGGAAAUAUUAUGAAUGGUUCGGCUUAGGUCUUACUAUAGUCGAUUCUCUUGAUACUAUGUACAUAAUGGGCUUAAAUAAUGAAUAUUUAGAAGCCCGGACGUGGGUGGAGAAAAAUUUAGUGUUCACUGUAAGUAGGGACGUUAAUUUAUUCGAAGUUACGAUUAGAGUAUUAGGCGGUCUAUUAUCAGCAUAUCAUCUCUCAGGAGACAAGAUAUUCUUAAACAAAGCCAACGCGUUGGGGGAACGUUUGAUGCCGGCGUUCUCCACGUCGUCCGGUGUUCCUUUCUCGGACGUGAAUCUCGGCACGAAAACUGCUCAUGGGCCCAGAUGGGGACCCGAUAGUAGUACCAGCGAAGUUACUUCGAUUCAGUUAGAAUUUCGUGACUUAAGUCGCAGCACAGGUGAUCCGAAAUUCGAGGAGGCAGCUGCGAAAGUUUCGGACCAUGUACAUCAGUUAGAAAAACAUGACGGUUUAGUACCGAUUUUUAUUAACGCAAAUACUGGACAAUUCCGAGACCAUGCGACGAUCACGCUGGGUGCGCGUGGCGAUAGCUAUUACGAGUAUUUAUUGAAGCAGUGGCUUCAAACAGGGAAAACCAUCAAUUAUCUACGGGACGAUUACCUGUCGGGUAUUGCUGGGACUCAGAAACACUUAGUGAGACGUACAGCAAUUAAUAAAUAUCUAUUCAUAGCUGAACUAGUAGGAGCAAACAGAGACUUGACGCCAAAAAUGGAUCAUCUUACGUGUUACUUAGGAGGUACCUUAGCUUUAGGCGUGCAUCACGGUUUACCGUCGGAUCACAUGGAUCUCGCUAACGAAAUCGUCAAGACUUGUUAUCACACGUAUGCGAUUCAACCCACGUUCCUUGCACCGGAGAUUACUUAUUUCAAUAUUCAGAACGCGGAAGGUGACAAGUCGAUGGAUAUGUAUGUGAAAGUAAACGAUGCGCAUAAUUUACUUAGGCCCGAGUUUAUCGAGAGUCUCUUUUACAUGUGGUAUUUCACGGGAAACAAAACUUUCCAAGACUGGGGAUGGCAGAUAUUUCAAGCUUUCGAGAAUUAUACGAAAGUGGAGAAGGGUUACACUAGUAUCGGGAACGUGAGGAACGUUCACAAUACUGUGCAAAAGGACAUGACGGAGAGCUUCUGGUUCGCCGAGACAUUGAAAUACUUAUACUUGCUGUUCGACGAUACGAGGCAGUUAAUAGAUUUGGACAAAUGGGUAUUCAACUCCGAAGGACACCCGUUGCCCAUAUAUGAAUCGUAAUCGAACCCACCAAACGCCGAAUUUCCGUGUUGGAGAGUCUAACUCUUUCUUUCUCUAUAAAAGAAAAAAAUAUCUUUAAACGCGUAUUAAUAUAAUCACGUCCAUAAGAAAUAUGAAGAGACACACAGUAGUAAUAGCGUUUGAAUUGUAAAAAUUGCCAUACGAUGGGAAAGAAAGAAUUAAACGUAAUAGAGGCCAGUCAAAGAAAUGCCGAAAACCGAAUACGCGAUAGGAAAUUUAGUCUGAUUAAUGUACUUUAAACUAAGAGUAGAUUUUCACUCUUUAGGAUUACUUACUAGCGUUAGAGCUGGUUGCGAACAUCACUACGACACAGAUUCGUAAAGCAACAAUCUUUUGUGAGAAGGAAGAAAAGGAAGCACAGAAGUUAUGCAUUUGCUAACUAUUUAUACUCGAUUUUCUACUAAUUUUCAAAUUCGGACGCGUAUUUAAAAUUCUUGCUAGACUGCGGCUGUUCAUUCGCUCAAAAUAAAAAAUGUAAUAUAUAAAUUAAGAACGCGUACAAUUUUACUCAGGAUAAUUUUGAAAUUUAUCUUAACAAUGAAAUUGCAUUAAUUGAAAUUUAUGUGAUUGUAAUUGAUAGUGUAAUUACGUUAUUUAAAUCAAGUAUAGAUUGUUCGCAGGUAGAUAUUUUAUGAUUAAAAUUUGAUUUAAUGAUUCAGAAAUUUCGAAGCCGCCUCCUUCGGUAUUUGAAAGCAUUUCUAUGAACAUUCGCAGUCUAGUGCAAUUACAAAUGCAGUUUCGUAAAGGAACAAUCUUUUGUGAAAAAGAAAGCGCAGAAAUUACGAAUUUAUACUGGACUUUUUACUCUUUUUUAAAUUUGGAAGCGAAUUCCAAAUUCUUGAUAGACUGCGGCUGUUUAUUUGUUCAAAAUAAAAAAAUGUAAUGUAUACGUUUAAGAUCGAUAAAAUCACAUUCUCGAAAUAAAUUUCAAGCCCAAAUUAAUGUGAGACAGAAAUUUUAUGAUUAAAAUUUGAUUCAAUGUCUCAGAUAUUUUGCUGAGGUAAAAAUUUUACGAUACAAAAUUUGAUUUAAUACUUCAGAGAUUUCAAAAUCCUCUUCUACAAAUUUUCAAAACAUUUCUAAUUAUGAACGUUUAGAGCUCAUAGUACGGUCACAAUGUUUCGCAAAGAACCAAUUUUUUGUCAGAAGGAAGAAAAAGUAUAGAAAUUUUGCAUUUCCUAACUGUUUGUACUCGAUGUUAUUAUUAAUUUGUAAAUUGGGAAAAUAAUUCCAAAUUCUUACUAGACUGCAGCUGGUUAUUCGUUCAGAGUAAAGAAACAAGUCUGUAAAAUUACAUUCCUAGAAGAAAUUUCAAGUAUAGAUUACUCAAUUCUGGGGCAGGAAUUUAUAAUAUGUACAAAAUGUUAUGCCUCAGAAAUUUCGAAGUCGUCUUCAGUAGAUUUCUAAUACACUUCUGUAAACAUCCACAGUCUAAUGCUAUUACUUCCGUAAUAAUUAACAUAAUUCGGGAUCACACUUACGAACUGUAUCAGAGUUGCCGGGUACAAUAUUUAAAAAUAAAAAAAACAUCGUUCUGCUACGAAUUCUUUUUUCUCCUCAGAUCAAAUAGGAUACUAUAAUCACUUUGUACAAAUUUCUAAGUGAACCGUGGUGGCGCAAGUUUUUUUAUGUACUUUAAAAUCAAAACUCGUAAAGUAUAUUUUAUAACACAAAAAUUUUCGAUUUCAUAUUAGUAAUCUUUCAGUAAAAACAUAUUUAUAUUUGCAUUUAUCUUUUAAAAUUUCUGUCUAACAAGAUAUACUGUUGGCAAUAUAUAUAAGUUAGUUUAGUAAUUGGGAUAGCCUCGUACACAUAAGUAGAUUGCGGAUUUUUUGUAAAAUAAAUGUUUAGUAGUAUAUUUCUUAAUCUUUUAAACACAGCAUACAUGUUGCUAUUAAUAUUUUAGGCAGUUUUGUUUUAUGUACUGUAUGUAUUCUUUUACAUACCAUGUUUUGUUAUAAAUGCAUAAAAUCCGCAGUCUGGACGUAAGAGAAUAGACCGAGUGUUCAAUAUAUUUUUGUUGAUCUCCCAGAAGAUAGAGAAAACAUGCUUUUUCUGUUCCUCCACUUUACAUACCAGUAAAAAAGUAAGAAACUUUCCUAUUAAUGUUCUUUCUCUCUACCUAUCACCUGAUCUCAAGUCUCCUACUUGAUCAUUCAGUCUAUUCUCAUGUAUAGGCUGCGGAUUUUAUGCAAUUACACUUGACCUUUCUUUUUACAUGAUUUUGAAGAUACUGGUGCAUUUUUUUUUACAAAAGUCGCUAUCUUUCGGAAACGGUGUGUGAUAGAGCAACUCUGCUUCCGGAUUUGUUCUUGCCAUGAAAAAAUCUAUAAAAAUCACGUAGUGAAUAUUGCAAAACCGGAAAAAAGUUGUUUUUUGUUGGAUUGUGUAAUCAAAAUAGAAAAUCUAUUUCUAUGAACACGAAAAUAAAAAUUUUAGAUUUCUUGGCAAAUGACGAGGGGUCAUUCUGUGUCGAUGAAACUUUUGGUUUAAACGAAGCAACAAUAAGGACCACAAAAACGAAUUUUCUUUUAUUCGAUGUGCUCUCACCUCGUAAAAAGAGGGUCGUGAGAAAAUUGAAUAUGCAAAAAUGAUAAAUGCCACGUGUAAUAAAUCACGUGUACAAAACAA